AUGUCAGGUUAUGGGAACAAUGGUGUAAACUUAGAUGAUCAUAUAGGAUACAAAAAGGAGUAUGAAUUCUCUAAGAGUGGUAAACAAGUAGAUGACUUUAUAUUUGUAAAUGGAGUAUCUGUCAGACCACCAAGUAGCACUUGCUGCUGUACUAGCAAUAAUAGUAGUGUAAGCCUCCCUGUAAAACGAAUAUCUCAUGAAGACUGGCCAGGUAGUAGUGGAGGAUUAGGGGGAUCAACACGCCUUAUACCAUCUUUCUCUGCAAAAAAGAUACGGCAGAUUUUACUUGCUUCUAGAAGAUCUAAUAAGGCUUCACGCAACGGAACAGCAGGAAGUAGCUCUGACUAUAUAGAUGUGAGUGAAUCUAGCCUAAACAAUCAGAGUAGUCCCAGAACUUGUUCAUUUCAAGUAAAUUCUCCAUCUGUAUCUUCUGAAGGCAAUUGUAAAGAUCCAACUAUAAAUUAUAAAGGACAGUCAAUAAGUAAUACUUCAAGAGAUGAUAAUAAGUCAAGUUGUUAUAUGAGGAAUGUACACUUUAGCUCUAUUGAAACUAUUAGAGGCAAAGAUAAUCAAAUUACAACACUAGAAAAGGUUCAAAGUGAUACUAUAAAUAAAUCUAAUAGGAAGCACCAAAGGAAUGAAGAGAACUUUACUGACUGUACAAGUACAGUUGUUGGAGAGAGAUGUGCAGUCUCUACCCAUUCUUCAUCAACAUCUUUUGCAAUUGGAACUGCUAAAUCAACACCAUGGUCACUUGCUUAUGGAAGAAAUAAUUAUGGGAAUCCAAACUAUAAUAAACAUAUCAAUGGACGUGACAUCCAGCUUUCACAAUUAUAUAUUUCACAAGGACAAUGCCAUAUGGAUAUUUUGAAGGAAGAAAUACAUUUAAUGGAAUUACUGGAACAGGGAGUCUUGAUUUUUAACAAUACUCCUGAAGAAGGAAUCCUUUAUAUGAUUGAAAAUAAGCUGAUUGAAAAUGAUCCUUUGUAUAUUGCAAAUUUUUUGUUACAUACAGAUUUUUUGGAUAAAAGGAAGGUUGGAGAAUUGCUUGGAGGACAUUCAAAUUUGUCUUUGAGUAUACUAAAUAAUUAUGUACAUUUGUUCAAUACAAGUUCUCUAGAACCAGAUGUAGCUCUUCGUUACUUUUUAUCUCGUUUUUUUCUUCCUGGAGAAUCUCAGAUGGUAUAUAGAAUUCUUGAAAGAUUUUCAGUGAGUUAUAUACGCGAUAAUCCUAAUAGUCUAUUUACAUCUGAUCAAAUUCAUACUUUAUGUUAUGCUUUGGUUAUGUUGAAUACAUCCCUUCAUAAUCCUCAUGUUAGAACAAAGAUGACAAAACGUGAUUUUGCUUCUAUGUGCACUCAUUCUAGCUUGCCAGUAACUACAGCUCAAUUGGAAACAAUGUAUGAUAGAGUUUUAGAAAAUGAAUUCAGACCAUUUUUGUCACCAUCAGAGAAGAUAUAUGGUCGUUUAGCAAGAGAUCCAAAAGUUUUGAGAUCUAAGCAAAUAUCAUCAAUUCAUCCUGUAUUGUUACAGAAGGGAUCUAUAUUUAGGAAAUAUCAUAGACGCAACAAACCAAUUAUUAUAGUUGCUUGGAUAUCUUCUGAUGAAAAAUUCUUUUGUUGGAAACGUAUUCGGAGAAAUUCUGCAAGUUUUUUUAAUCCGAAUAUUGUUGUCUCUAACUCAUCAUUACCACAACAAAAUACAUCUUUAGUACCUGACAAAUCCUCUAAAUCACUUUUUAAGAAGAAAGUACAGAAACUAUUACAUUUAGAUAAUUCAGAUAUGCAUUAUGUAUUACUUGAACAUAUUGCAGAUAUAAAUGUAAGCAUUUCUGGAUCUAUAUCCUUCCAGAGAUAUAGUAGAAAGCUCCAAAAUGAUAUGGAAUCUAGAUGCUUCUCUAUAAUUACUAAAUCAGGUGAAACUAUCGACCUAUGUACUAUAGAUUCAACUUAUCCAUCACUUUUAAUGUGGACAAGAUUUUUUCAUCAGAUAAUACUUAAAAAUCAGGAAAUUUCAGAUAGUACUGGUAAUACCAGUUCGAAUAAAAUUAAUAGAUGUGGAGUUCAGAACUCUGUAUCAAGGACUUCUGCAACCUCUUGUCCUUAUACUGAUUUAGAAGAUUCUGAAACAAAAAAUAUAUGUGAUACUGUUAGUAAUAUUGAACAAGGUGACAUUAAACUUACGCAAGAUCAAGAUAGAGGUAUUGAGAAUGGAUUACUGAGAGUAUGGUAUCAUGGUAUUUUUUUAAGAUGGGAGAACCAUUGGAGUCAUCACUCUUAUGUUGGCCCUAAUCAGACUUGGUUUAAUAAUAAUAAAUUAAAUUCCACUAGUGAUGUCACCCCUCAGACAGGACAAGAUGAAAAUUCAUUUGCUAUGCCUUUGACAAGCUCUAACUUAAAUCAUCAAAACAAUACAGAUAUAAAUAAUCAUUACAUAAUCUCUCAACUCCAUGCUACUUGUGGAGAAUCCCAAUUAUCUUACUUAAAAAAUAAAAGAGGAAAAAGUGGAAAAUUUUUUGGAAAUGAUCUAAGUAUUGUUAACACAAAUUAUAAGACUAAUAUUUAUGAUCCAGAAUCUAGAGUACAAAAUAGGGGCUUAAUAAAAUUUGGGAAGUCUUGGUUCAAGAAAAGAAAUGUUUUUAAAAAGUACUCUAGAUCUAUCCAUGAACAACAGGAACUAAAUAAUAUUUGGAAUUUACAGUUCUUUAAUAAUAUUACAGAACGUCCAAUUAAUUAUCAAGCUCCAAUCUCCCAUCUUAUCUUGUAUCUUUGGACUAAUAACCUCCCUCAUACAUAUAGAGGUAUUUUAUGGUCUAUUGCUAUAGGAAAUAUCUUACAAAUAAAUCUGUAUAUAUUUCAGAACUUGUUAGAACAAAGAAGAAAAGUAUCACAAAACCAAAUCAAUAUUGUAAAUGGAAUAGUAGAUAAUGAAAUACAUUCAAAUAUGAACUCAUCAUCUAAUAAUAAUAGUUCAUCCUCUUGUGAUCAAAAUGACAAUAUUGAGAAUAAUGUAGGACCUUUACAAGCUUCUUUUGAAAUCCAUGUAAAAAGAUUUCAUAGAGAUAUUGUUAAUGUGUUUCCAUCUAUUCAGAAUCAUUAUAUUGGUGUUGGCACCAUUCUUGGAAAGAGAGUAUGGGACACGAACACUUUAAGUGUAGAUUCAAAUUCAUACAAAAACUAUAAGGAAAAUUUUGAAUCCCAAACAAACCCUGUAUCUGAUAGCUAUCCUACAGAUCUAUAUAAAAUAAGUGAAGGAACUAAAAUACUUGUUGAAUGUUUUAUUGCAUAUAGACCAGAUAUUGGAUAUGUAGAAGGUAUGGGAAAUAUUGCAGUGAUACUCCUAUUAUUUAAUAAUAGCUUAUAUGAGGCAUUUAUAUCUUUUGCUAAUCUUCUUCAUAGUGGAUACUUCCUUGAUUUUUUUCUUUUAAAUAGAAGAAAUGUAAAGAUGAGACUAGAUUUCUUUGAUUCAUUAUUUAGAGAAAUAAUGCCAUCCUUAGCUCAUCACUUUGAUGUCCUUAGUAUCACAUCUGAUACUUAUUUGAUGUCUUGGUUUACAUCUAUGUUUUCUAACUGUUUACCAAUUCAGAUUAUACCUAAAGUAUGGGAUUCUCUAUUUCUUUUUGGUGAACCAUUUGCAUUCCAAGUUGCUAUUGCUAUCCUCAAAUAUCAUGAGCAUAAACUUGUCAUGACAUCAUUUGAAGGAUGUAUCUCUAUUCUUCAUGGAGUUCCCAAGACUUUUGACUUAAAAAGAUUUAAUUCUGCAUUGGAACAGUUUAAUGGAUUAAUAUCGAAUAAAUUUGGAUAUUGGUUAACUGCUCAGAAGCUAUCUAAACAAAAGGCAGAUCUACUUGAAGAACUACUAUAG